UAUUAAAAGCGCCCCAAAACACACGGAUGGAAAAGAGGCGAAGGAGGUUAAAACUGAAUUCCCAGGCGGGGACGAAGAAGCGGGAGGAGGAGGAGGGGGGCACCUUUCGGGGGCCCUUCCCUUCCUCCCUGCUCACGGGGGCCCCUCUCUCCCCUCUUCUCUUGCAGCGAGGCGGCCGCUCACGCUGUGGCCACCCUGGCGGAAGCCACCCUCCAGGGCGGAGGGCAGAUCGUCUUGUCCGGCGAAACGGCAGCGGCCGUGGGCGCGCUCACCGGGGUACCAGACGCAAACGGGACUUCGGUUGUCAGAAGGCCACAAAGCAGGAACACACGACCUUGGGACCCAGCAACGGUCAUAAGCCUGGUCCAGAUCCCUGUGAGCAUGUACCAGACGGUGGUCACCAGCCUCGCCCAGGGGAACGGCCCCGUUCAGGUGGCUAUGGCGCCUGUGACUGCCAGGAUCACCGACAGCACCGUCACCAUGGACGGCCAGGCGGUGGAAGUGGUCACGCUGGAACAGUGAUGGCCGACCGGGGCUGGAUUGUGACGCCGCAGCUUCUUCCUCUCUUCUCCGAUUUUUCUACACCUCUCCGGAAAUGCAAUCAGGAAGCGUUGGGAGUCUCACAACUUUGGACUACACAACCCAGAGCGGAAAAAGGGGCGCGUGCGCGCUGGGUCAUCAAGCGAACCCACCUGCUUCCCACGGGAGCGAGGAGGCUCGUCAGGACAGGUUACGCCCCGGCUUUCUUUGCAUGGAUCGCCCGUUCUGAAGAAGGGCGAGGAUCGGAAAGCUUUCCUGCCCUCUGUUUGUGAAGUCGGGUCCAGGGCCCCUCUCCUCUCUGGUGGACCCUCACCGUCCCACCAUUCCCACUGAGCUCACCCCUGCCGUCCUCACCUUGAGAAUUUAGGGCUAUUUUUCUUGCACGGACGAGAAUUUCCCGCGAGAACGAGAAACCUCGACGGGCGAGAAUGUCGCACGAAAACGAGAAAAGUCGAUGGGCAAGAAUUUCCCGCGAGGACGGGGAAAAGACCCUUUUUCUUCCUCAAAAAGGCGGCCGAGAAAACCGCAUCUCCCGGAGGAGACGGUGAUCCUGUGAUCUGACGAUUCUGGAUCUGUGUCCAGGAAUCUUUGGUAGCCAGGUGGGAUCGGCGCUCCCUCCUUCCCAUCGGAAAGUCCACAUUAGACGGCUCAUCCGAGAAUCUUUCACUGACCUGAUUUUGGCUUUCUUCCUUCCUCGCCCGUUGCGAAAGGUGGAAAGAAAGAGGCAGGGGGCAUGCUGCCAAGAGGGUAUCCCCUUCCUCUUGAUGCCCCCCCCCCCGUUUGUGAUCCAAGAACCCUCAAAACAAUCUUUCCCGUGGUGGUUUCAAAGGCCGCCGCAGCCGUUCUGAUUUUGGAUCCCUUUCCCGUCAACAGGCACCCCGUCGUAUAGAUGGCGCCUAGCCGGAAACCUUCCUAAAAAUCCCCUUUCUCAGUGAAGACCCCUGUGGGGCAGUCCUGGGCCUUCACCCCAUGACCCAUCAUCCUUGCCAGUAGCUCUUGGCCUCUGGCAUCCAAGUUCAUUCAUGCAGAGGAAUGAUGUCUCUCUGUUCCCCUUAAUUCAUUCUUCCCUCCCUCCCUCCCUUCUUUUUUCCCUUUCCUUCUAUUCCCUCUCUUUCUC